GCAAAUAUAUCGUCUUUCAAUAGAAAAUAACUCAAAAUGUCCAGAAAUAGUAACAAUUGUAACGACAGCACGUCAUCUACACGAUCACCACAACAACGCAAAGAGAUUCUAAGGAGGAUUAUAACUAGAGCACAAUCUCUACAAGAUGCAGUUAAUGCUGAUACUAUACAGACUUUGGAAUUAUGUAUGGAAGAGACAGAUAACAUAAACUCUGAAACAACUUUAGAAGAAAAGGUGCAUAAUCAAGAAGAGGUAUUAAUGGAUUCAGAAAUGAUGAACAUAUCUUCUAACAUUUUAAAACAAUGUACAAGAUCUUUGACAAAAUUUGUAUGUUCAUAUAAUCAAUCAGAAUUUGCUGAAAAAUUGGUGGAAUAUAUGAAGAAACGUUCUGAUAUUACAUUAGAAACACCAGAUUGGUCAUUUCUAGAAUCACAAGUUACAAAAUGUUUUAAAAGAACACCACAUUAUACCACAUUAUUAGGUACUUUGGUACCAUUAGAAAAGAAGGAAAUUAACAAAAGAAAACCAACAGUUAGAGAAGCUCAAGCACAAAUAAAAAAACCAGAUAAAGUAGUGGCAGUUGAAAAGGAAGAAGAAAGUGCAGAACAAACUGUAAAAAUGAACAAAAUCAUCUCUAAAUAUUAUAAAACCUACUCCAAACCUCUUGAUUUUUUUAAAUUAAUUUUACAUCCAAAUGAUUUUGGAAAAACUAUUCAAAAUAUUUUACAAAUGUCCUUCCUUGUCCGAGAUGGAAGGGUAAUAGUAACAAAAGAUGAAUCUGGAAUACUUGUUGUUCAACCCUGCUCUAGAGACAUGACAACUGAAGUAAUGGCAGGAAAAAGGUCUAACAUUCAAAACGUGAUAUAUCUAAACAUGGAACAAUGGAAGAUUUUAAGGGACACUUAUCGAUUAAAAAAACCAAUGAUUAAAUCUGAUACUGAAACAUAAUAAUAAUUACUCUUAAAGAGCAAUAAUUUUUUAUAAAAUGUAAACUAUUUCCAUAAUUAAACUAAAAAAAUUAUA